UGAAGUGAGGUGACUUGGGCAUAACUUCUGCUAGCUGGAGGAAGGUCUAAUUCCCACAGACGUUUAUGGUAGGCUACUAAAUAAAUGUAAAUCAAUAGGGAUUAUCAACAUGAACCAAGCCAACCCCAUACAAGAUUCCAAAGGGAAAAGGAUGCUAUGCAGUCUCUCCCUCUAAGUUGGGGUGGCACAAAAACAGCAACAACAACGCAAUCACGACAUUCGGUUCGAUGACACUGAGUAUAUCAUUGUCCUGCGUAUCCCUAAUUAGUAUCAGUUGCAAGUCUCCUCCUCCCUCUUGAUGACAUCAGCAAUCUCCUAGACCCGGAGCCGGCAGAGCAGCACGGAACCAGCACUCCACUACGUUAUAGCUGGGAAAAGGGCAACGUCCGAAGCCAAUUCCGAAGUUUUGAGUACGUUUUGGGAUGCAGGCAAUAUAUUCAUUUGGCAUUCACAAACGUUCGUAAGAUACAGUGGAGAGCUGCCAAUGAAUGAUUCUCUUAUUUUGAGAUAUGGAACUGUAGACGUGCAUCUGGAACUGGGAGGAUUUGCACCAAAAUGGCAGCCCACCGGAUUAUCAGAGUAUCUAACAGCAACCACAUUCUCCCUCGCUGCAAAUCGGAGGGCACACUCAUCGACCUCAGCGAGGGGCUGUCUGAAGCCAGCCUCACAGAUGUCAAAGUGCCUUCUCCGAGUGCCUUACGGUUGGACAGCUCAGCCUCUUUUGGAACUGCUCAUGAAGUGGUUGCCAUAAAGGACUAUUGCCCAUCUAGUUUAACCACGUUAAAGUUUUCCAAAGGUGACCGCCUUUAUGUGCUGGACACGUCAGGGGGCGAAUGGUGGUAUGCUCACAACAACACGGAGAUGGGAUACAUUCCCUCAGCCUAUGUCCAGCCCCUCCAGGGCAGAAACUCUUCGCUGAGUGACAGCGGAAUGAUAGACCAUUCAGGCGAGGGUAUGGAGGAAGGGGCUAAGGAGCUAGAUCUUCUGGGGGAGUGGACAGGCGUGUCCGCUAAGAACACGCCUUAUUCGCCUUCUUAUAGCAGCAACCCCUUCUCCCUCCGCACAUCUUCCACCAACCCGUUCGUCGACGGCGCCCAUACACACGGUUCGCUUGACCACAACUGUAACGAGAGGGGGAGGUCCACAGACCUGCUUUUCUUUGACGCCCUGACCUCCCCGGCCUCCCCCUUGACCCCCCACUCUACCUCAAACACCACCAACGGUUUCAGUAGCUACAACAUCUUUGACAUGAUGACGCCCACCAGUCCCGACCAGGACUUCCAGGUCCUGCAUACACUGCGCAGGGACAACCCGUUCUUUCGAAGCAAGAGGUCCUACAGUUUAUCAGAACUGUCUGUCCUGCAGACGCAAUCCAAUACGCCUUUGCCUUCUUCCGGUUUCUUCUCCGGCCUUAAAGCUCCCUCGCCGGAGCAGUUCCAGAGCAGGGAGGACUUCAGGACUGCGUGGCUUAAUCAUCGGAAGCUGGCCAGGUCAUGCCAUGACCUGGACUCUCUGGGGCAAAGCCCUGGUUGGGGACAGACUCAGCCUGUGGAGACCAACAUCGUCUGUAAGCUGGACAGUCAGGGAGGGGCUGUACAGCUUCCAGACACCCAGAUCAGCGUCCAUGUCCCUGAUGGCCACGUGGUCCCUGGAGACACCCAACAAAUCUCUAUGAAGGCCCUGCUGGACCCGCCACUGGAGCUGAACAAUGAUCAUUGCUCCACGGUAAGUCCCGUCGUGGAAGUCAAACUGUCCAACAUGGAGACCAAGUCCUUCAUCACACUGGAGAUGACCGUGUCUGUGACGGUUAAGAGGGACAGCGGUCAGGUGGCCGAGUUGCUCUGCGUCCGGAGUGAUUGCAAGGAGGGGCCCUAUGUGAUCAUCCCACAUGCAUACCUAUACCAGGACACAAUACAAGUCCAGCUGGAUAACCUGGAGCCAUGUAUGUAUGUGGCGGUGGUGGUGAAGGCCCAGCACGUCAGUUUUAACACGACAGUAUGGGACCAUGUCUCAAAGAAGGUCACCCUGGGUGUCUAUGGGCCAAAGCACAUCCAUCCUUACUUUAAGACAGUUGUGGCCCUGUUUGGGCACGACUGCGCCCCAAAGACCCUACUUGUCAGUGAGGUGGGGAAACAGGCCCACUCUGCCCCGCCGGUUGCUCUCACACUGUGGGGGAAACAUCAGUUCGUUCUGGGACGACCUCAGGACCUCCAGGUUGGCCUCUACUCGAACAUGUCCAAGUACAUGGUUAAGGCUAGCGAGCAAGCCAGGCUAAUUCGAGGGAUACAGGUCAAACUGGGGAAGGUGAGCAGGCUGAUAUUCAUGAUUUCGUCCCACAACCCUGAGGACAUCUCUGAUUUUACCUUGCGGGUCCAGGUCAAAGACAGCCUGGAAUGUAUCCUGGCGCAGUUCUGUGUCCAAACGCCGCAACCGCCUCCGAAGAGUGGAGCACGGAACACUGGCCAGCGGAAGUUUCUGAAGAAGAAAGAGGUGGUGGGUAAGAUUCUUCUGUCUCCUCUUGCCGUCUCUGCCAAAUAUCCACAUUUUCAAGACCGCUGCAUCACUAAUCUGAAAUUUGGCAAGUUGCUUAAAACUGUUAUCAGGCAAAACAAGAGCACAUACCUGUUGGAAUACAAGAAGGGAGACGUGAUCGCCUUGCUAAACGAAGAGAAAAUCAAACUUCGAGGACAUCUAUGGACCAAAGAGUGGUAUAUUGGGUAUUAUCAGGGAAAGACAGGUCUUGUUCAUGCGAAAAACGUUCUGGUUUUGGGGAAAGUCAAGCCUAUUUAUUUCUGUGGACCAGACCUUACGACUACCAUGUUAGUGGAACAGAUUCUAAAGCCCUGUAAAUUUCUCACGUACAUUUACGCCUCUGUGAGGACAGUACUUAUGGAGAAUAUAGGAAACUGGAAGGCCUUCGCAGACGCACUGGGAUAUGGGAACUUACCUUUGUCUUAUUUCUGUCGGACUGAACUGGAUAACGAGCCAGAGAGGGUUGCAUCAGUUCUGGAGAAGCUCAAGGAGGACUGCACUAACAUAGAUAUUAAGGAGAGGAAAUCCUUCCAAAAAGAACUGAUGACGGCCCUGUUGAAGAUGGACUGCCAGGGUCUGGUGGCCCGGUUGAUUAUGGACUUUGUCCUGCUGACCGCGGCCGUGGAGGUGGCUCCGCGUUGGAGGGAGCUCGCUGAGAAGCUGGCCCGGGUGUCCAAGCAGCAGAUGGAGCAAUACGAGGCGCCGCACAGGGACAAGAAUGGCGUCGUGGACAAUGAGUCCAUGUGGAAGCCGGCCUAUGACUUCCUGCUGACGUGGGCAGCCCAGAUCGGGGACAGCUACAGGGACGUGAUCCAGGAGCUACAUCUGGGGCUGGACCGGAUGAAGAACCCCAUCACCAAACGCUGGAAACACCUGACAGGAACACUCAUCCUAGUCAACAGCCUGGAUACCUUACGGAGCUCCGCCUUCAGCCCAAUAGCACAGGGGGACUGCGCUAUCUAAAUCUGGUGAAUCCUAACUUCUACUGGUGUCACAUUUUCACUAAGGGGUUUGUAUUGACGUUUGGUACGUUUGAGGCUACAUUGAAAAAUGUGCCCUAUUCUCUGAACAAUGGAGCUGGUAUUUUGAAUAGAGCCUGGCAAAAGUACACUCAAAAAUCAAGGACACCAAAGGGUGCAUCCCUACAUAGAAGCCUUCCUAUUACAAUGACAGCCGAAAAAGUAAUUUUGGAAAGAUUUUUCCCUGCUGUGUACACUCUCUUAUUGGUUUCAAGGAGAACCAUUAUUGUUUUUUAGUUUAACCUUUUAGUUCCAGGUACAACCACUUUGGGCUCCAGGGAGAACAUGGGUUUGACAUGGAACCCAAAACGCUUCUGCCUGCAACAAAAUAAAAUGAUUCUCCCUGGAAACGAAAAAAAAACCUUCCCCCACAGGGACUUAAGAACUUUUACAGUUUUUACGUAUUUUUUUUUUAUUGUAAACUCUUGAAAAAUAGGUUUCAAAAGGAUUAGCAGUUGUUUUGGUAGAACCCCAUAAAGCACGCUGGCAAGGUAUUCUGAUGGUGUAUAUAGGUAGUAGCGUGCCAUUUUGAAUGCACCCAGUUUGUCUUGGAGCCUGGCAGGAUUUACCAGGACGAUGAGCUCUCAGGUUGACCACUCACCAGACUGUGACCAUCGCUGUUAAACCACUAACAUUCAACCCUGACCCUGAUCCCCUCCUCUUGCACAGCCCUGCCAUGGUUUGUUCACGUUCUACCUGGUAACCAGUACUUUACACAGAAUACACAGUACUGGAAACACUAAACACUCUCACUGGAAACUGCAAUAGGCUACUGUUUAGCCAAACUGUGGAUUUGAUUCCAUUACGGUUGAUGUUCCCCUCAUGUUUUAAAGGGUGGUUUUAAUUUCAGCGGUGUCUCUUGCUACAGUAUGUAUUUUUUCUACAGAAAGUGGCAUAACAGCAUCUUUUUGACUUUUUUCACAAAAUUUCAUUUUUUUCCUAAAGAAAAUAUGUCUAUAUUACUUUUUCGGGUUGAUAUUUGUACUUUAUACUUGCCAAAACCUUUAGGCAGUAGCCUAGUUUCAAGUUUAGCGUUCUACAGAUUUGGUUUCAUCUAGGUUCAUUUCAGCAAGAAAAAUGCGUGCCACAAAAAUAUGAAUAAUUAUUACCUUGUGUAUAAAACCAGGAUAUUUUCUCUGUUAUCUGAAAGUUUAAAUGCAGUAUUAAAGUACCUCAAAACGUAGCCUCUAGUUCAAUUGUUUAGCCGGCAGUAACUGAAUGAAUAAUCAUUUUUUUUAAAUGUAAUUGGCUGUGAUUUUUUUAAUGGUUCGUCUUUACCUGUUUGGGGAAAAUGCAAUUUUAAAGGUUGUGAAGUGAGGAAGCUUUUUUUCUCUUGAUUUGAUCACAAAUUUAUUUUGGUUGCUGUGUUUAGCAUUUUCAAUGAUUCGCCUAUCAAUCAAAAACUAUAAUCUUUAUACAUUCUUUAUUUUCACAUGAGGUACUGUAUGUUGUCCGUGGAAGAGUUACAUUAUGUAUGUUUUGUGAAUGCCGAUUAAAUGUAAAUAGUGUUGUUUGUGUAGUGAAAUGGUCACACUGGUCUGUGACAGAAGGGAUGGACAGACCGAUGAAUUCUGCACAUCAUUGCCUCUACUAGCUGCCGUCUUUAAGCUGCUAUCGUUCUGGUUCAUACUGACUCAAUAAAAUAUCUGUUGAUUAUUAA